UAAAUUAAUAAUUUUAUCGUCUCGCGUGAUACGUCGUUAAAAGUUUGUGCGUGCUAAUAAAGUUUGUCGUAUUAUUGUAUUAACCGAAAUCUGGACUUUGGAUUCGUAAGUUUUUAUAUGAUACCUAAAUGUUAAUUUUUCGCUGUUCUAAGAGUUAACAAUACACGUCCUUUUAAUACACAAUAAAAUGUAAUGUAUUAACGAAAUUAUUUCAAAUCAUACGCUAUAGACAGGGAAAAAUGGUAAACCAAAGGUUAACUUAGGAAAGGGUAAAUUAGUGAAUCAAUAUUAUGAAUUUACAUGCAAUGACCAAGGAUCAGUUCUUGUCUGGAGUAUAAUAACAUGAGAAUACUGUCCAUCGGUGUAAACACAUUUUUUAUGAUAUUCAUAAUCGUUUGUUUUUUUUUUCUUUAUUUUGUAAUAUUUAGGUAGCUCAUCGAAUACUAUAAUGUUUUGUUUUUUAUUUUCAUUAAUGAAAUAAUAUAUUUAAAAUGCAUGCUUCCUAUACCUAGGUAACCAAAUUUUCUAUACAAUAGGAAAGAAAAAUUAUGCCCGAAAAUUGAUUCAUAGUUUUUGAUGAUAUUUUAUAGUGUUUGUAUAAAUUAUAAAAAUAUAUAGGUACAACAGAUGCCGUUUAUUGGACUCGUAUUGAAACCAAAGCAUUCGCAUAGUCUGCUUUUCGAAUAAGUAAAUACAUUCGAAUUGAUAUUGAUUUUCUUUUAACAAAUUCUCGACCAGUCACUAAAACUAUAAAUUGAUGGGCACCUUAUUAAAUAAGCUACAUUUAUUGUCAUAGCGAAUAUGAUUUAAUUUAAAAAUCCAUCAGCCACCUAAAUGCAAGUUUAUUAACAACCAAUUAUUUCAAAGUAAAAUUAAUUAUACAAAUUACAACUCAUUCUACUGAUUAAAACUAAAAAAAAAAAAAAAAUUCCAUACCAUAUUAUCUAUAAGUAAAUAACUCGAUAAACAACGACAGUUUUUAAAACAAAAACUGUUCAAUUUUAACUUUCGUUAUCAUUGAAUAUACCUAUAUCUAAACUAAGCAAUUUAAUUUUGUAAUUUUAUAUUAUUCAGAUAUAGAACUGCUCAACAUUAAUUGACAUAUAUAUAUAUUCUUAACAUAUUAUGUUUAACGAACGAUUACCGAUCUAUACUAAACAUUAUGUACUUAUCCAUUAUUACCGUACCAUGGAUAUUGCAACUCUGUACCGAUCGAGCGAAAUUUACGAAUAAAUUCAAAUUUCAACUGUACAAUUUAGAUAACUUUGAGUUUUUGAAAAUCGUUAACAUAUUUAAGUGGAUUUCAUAGCCGCAUUACGUAGUCUCCGUCAAACUAACGGACAUACUAACUAGCAUAAAAAAACUACGUUACUUAGGGCAUAUAAAUUGUGGCAGUUAGUUUAAAAUUAAAGUUUAAAUGCAAAUUAUAACGAAAUUUAAAUAGGAGAAUAUUUCUUAGGGAUUUACGUAUCUUUUUUGUAAAAAAAAUGUCAAAAAAAUAACUAUGGUCAUAUUAGUUUUUGUUUUGUUUUUUUUUUUUAAUAACUGUAACGUCUGUUUUAAUAGCUGUAGUAUCUUGUGUUUAAAUUCUAAUUUCCAACCAAACGCUGCAUUUUAUGUACGAAGUAAAAUAAGUUGACAAGACUGAGACAGAAAAUACUGGUAUAGCGUCGUCUCAAGGUAUAUAAUAUACUAUGCGUGUGUUACAAUACUUUUUAAAAUCCGUGUAGGUAUUGGAAUGCAUGAAUUCCGGUUUCGAUUAUAAUUAUUUCUAUUAGUUAUCUCAGUGCUAUGAUAACUAAUACGAUAUUGCAUUAAAAACACACGGAUAAUUAUUUUGUUUUUCUAACUGCAAAAGUAUCGGUUUAACAAUUAUAGGUCCUUUUAAAAUUUAAAAAGGGGAAUCGUACAUGCGUGAAACUGUUGUACAGUAUACAGUAUCUUUGUAACAGUCAGAAAUAGUUAAUUAAUUAUUUUUUUACAUUGCUUAUUUACUCUACGUAUUAAAAUGUGAUGACAUAAUUCUAUUAACAAAUAAUAUUUAAAAUCGGUUUAUAGUGAAAUAAAUAAAAAACAAACAAAAACCAAUCAUGACGGUUUAUUGACAUCGUUUUAAUUUUACUAUUAGGUCAUUGCGUUUCGAGGUCGUCUCGCAUUUAUCUAAACCAAUGUAAAUUCUGACUAAAUCGAAUUUUCGAUUAAGGAACAUUUAAAAAUCUAAAUGUUCUUGAUCGGCGAUCUGUGCGAGAAAAACGUAUUUCGCGAAUCAAAAUGUAAACGUUUACAUUUACCGGCUAUGUUUUUAAUGUCAAGUAUGCUUCUACCUAUAAUACGCUUUUACAGUCAUACACAAUUGAGUAGCAAUGAUCACGUAUAUCUUGAGGACGUGAUAUUAAUAACUUUUGGCAAUUUAUCGAUUAAGUGGUUUGCAACGCGUGAUACAAUUUUUCAAGAAUUUCCAGCCGACGAACAAAUAUUACAAUUAGCUGGCAUGUAAAGGCGUACGCGAGUAGAUAUACUCGUAUUUAUGCAUAUAUAAUUUUAAGGAUAAUAUUUUACGAAAGUUUAAUACUAUUUUAUUUGUACACGAUAGCAGAUAACAUAAUGACUAUCGCACUCGGUAGAUUAGAGCCAGAUUAUAGGGGCGAGGGAUUUAUAGGGCCCUGGUCUAUGGCCCCUCAAAAAAAAAAAUAAAAAAAAUAGGCACCCACAUAAAUUUCGGAAUCGUGAUUUGUCUACAAUUAUCUCAUUAAUACUAAUACAACACAAAUAAUUGCUAUCAGGUAUCGCUGUUGUAUGUGAAAAGUUGAAAUGUAAUAUAAACGGUUAUUUACAAUUUAUAUCUGUAUUCAACGUUCAACUGCUGUUUACUAACUACAAUUAUUCUGAGCAAAGUUCGGUUAAACAUAUUUUGAAAUGACGUGACUUCGUAAACAUUUUUUUUUAAAACACUCACAAAAGAAAUCACUACAUUACACUAAACUUUUUUUUUCUAUCACUGAGUCUUACUUAUGAUGAACUUCGAGUAAAAUUUUCAAACAGUUUUCAAGUUUUCUAAAAGAAAAAGCGACAACAAAAAAAACCUAUAAAAUAUUUAAAAACGAUUAAAUGUAAAUAAACAUAAUAUAUAUAUGUAUACAGGUAGUUGGUAAGUAGGUUGUUUCUUAUACCUAUAAGAAGCAAUUUUUUAAUGGUUAGUGAAUUUUGGACGCCCCGAGAAUUGGUCGGCCUAGGUUGGCUAAAUUCAUUAAUCCGGCCACGCAAUCGGUACAUAAAAAAUGUAUAAUUUCACUCCCUAAAUAUAUAACUGCGGCGUGUUAUUUGAAAGUUUUUUUUGGGCUGGCACUGCGUAAAUAAGUAAGUAUAUCGCACACCAAAUGUGUUGAUUUUUAUUAAAACACCGGCGCGUACGAUUUGUAACAUUACCGUUUCGUUACAAACUCCCGACAGUUUCGACCGUUGCGCGUUUAAACGGUAUUGUUAUCAUUUUUAUACGCCCGUGAACGAACCGCUCGCCGCUGUUUAGCUUCGUUAGCUUGUGACGACACGCCGCGACCAUUGUGCUAAUAUUGUAUUGUUACUGUGACGGAAAGGCAACAGGUUUUUUUUUUUUUUUUGUUUUUGUUUUUUCGUUUUUUCGCAGUUUGGAAAUAUUCUCCGACCGUCGGCGGUGUAUUCGUCGCACGUAUUUGGCCCCGGCGUUGCAGUGCGGUCCGCACACGUAGGUAUUGCCCAUUCGACUGCGUUGCCGCGGCGCGCUUCCAUUCGCGACGUUCCACGGACGUAUCGUGGCCGGGCAAUACGCGCGAACGUGAAACGACUGUUUAACAUCGGCCGGUGGACACCGCGAGCAAACCACCCGUACAACACAGUAUCCGACAACGGCGGCGCGAUACGCGGUCUGCGACGCCGUUGAGUUAUCGGGACGUUGAACCUAGACAAAAAUGUCCGAUGUUCGCGCGAUAUAGUUCAUGUUUUGCCAUUAUUUGUUAUUAUAAACCGCGAAAUUUCCCGUACAGACUCGUAUUAUUACGUCCGGAUGUAUAGGUGUUAUAUGUGUUUUACGUUUUGAAUUCGCGUAUACAUAUAUAUACACACGCAUACCUAUAUACACUUUCUUUUGCGUUUCUAUAAAAAAAAAAAAAAAAAAAAAGAAAAAAAUUUUUUUUUGGUUUUUUUUUUUUUUUUUUUUUUUUUUGUAUAUUAUACACUUACGUACAAUUGAAAAUGUAAUAUUAAAGAAAAAACUGUCUAUAUUACGCCCAAUAUAUUAUUAUAUUAUUAUACAGGUACUACCGAACCGAAUUACUUGGCAAUUUUUUAAUAUUCUAAUGCAAUCGGCGUACAUUCGGCAUCAUUAUUAUAUAAAAUAUAAAUAAAUAUAAUAUACGUAUACACCAAAGUUCUUUUUUAUUAUUGACAUUUUAUUCAUGAACAAAUUCGAUGUAUUAAAUCUUAAUAUAUUUAUAUUAACACCAUUAACACCAUACGAAUAUAAUAAUGGGUCGGUAUGAAAUUCGUUAGAGAUUUAACAACUAAUUUAUAUAUUAAGGCGGCCUAAAAAUAUUGCAUAAAAACUAAAUACUGCCUACGUGCAUAAUUAAUUAUGUAGCUGUAAAAAUCUACGAUUUAGGUUUUAGAUUGAAAAUUGAAAAUUAUUAUUAGUUUCAGAAUAAAAUUAUUUUUCAAUGAAUAAAAAAUAUAAUAAAUAGUAUUCAAAAUAUGCAUUCGAUUAUUUUCACCAAAAGUAUUCAAAAUAGUAUUCGAAUAUAGAAAUAGUAUUUGAAUACGUUUGUUCGAAUAUUUUACAAGACUGCCGCCAAGUAAAAAUACAAAUCGCAUGCCAUUCAUCUAAAUAAUUGUGUCUUUUUUUUUUUUUUUGGUUUGUUUUUAAUGCCUAAAAUUGCGUUGUAAAUUAUUAUUAUUAUUCAGGACAUAUAGUAACACGCUUGUCAUUACACUGUCACACGAAUGUUCGUGAUUUAAUAAUUGAUUGUGUUAUUAAACGAAUUUUCGAGGUAUGUCGUGAAGACAUAUACUUGACAAAUUUGAAACGUUUAACUCAAAUUUGUUUUAUAUAUUAACUUUACUAUUAAAAUUAUAUCACAAAUACGUUGAGAGCCGUGCGAUAAUAUUACUAAUAAACAGGUAUUAAACUUCGAAACUAUACACGGUAAUACCAUUUAAAUUAAGUUAAACUUUAUUGGUACUAGCACUAAAAAUAAAGUUAUAUUAUCAUUUUUACGUAAUUCGUAUAAUAUAGCGUAGGUAUGUGGUAUUAAAUAAAUGUUUUUGGAACGACGUACGUUCAAUGAUUUCAAAUUUAAACUAAUGCAAACUUUACUGCUGUGCGAUGUUUCUUACAUUAUUAUAAUCAAAGACAUUGUUGUUUAUCCAUUUUUGAGGCAGUUCACGUAAUCCGUGCGUAUUAUAGUUUCAUAUUAUUGUUGUAGGCAAGACGAAAAAUCAGGUACUAAAAGUAAAUUCAAUAAUAUAUUGCCAAUUGUAUAUCAUUUUUUUUUUUUUUUUAACGUUUUGGGCGCCAUAAUUGUUUGUAAAAAAAAAAUAAUAAAAUCCAGUACUGAAGUGGAAAAUUACCGUAAACGAUGACCACGUUUAUGUCUCUCGGGUCGUGGGAGGAGAACGAUACGUUGACCUUAAACUCGGGUCGAUGAUGUCAAGCCGCAGUAUACUAAUACUACGUGCCAGCUGCGCGUGAAACCUAAUUAAAAAAAAAAAUUAUACGUAUGUAUAUAAAUAAACGACAGAACAUAUAUGCGUCAUCGUGCAAAAAUUGACUUUUACUCGAGAUGCCCUCCGGAGUCCCGAUGAGGAGCCGGGAGUCGGGGAUCGAAUAUAAUAUGUUGGGUCGUUCAAAUGGACCGCAUUCCUAAAACUCCAUGUGGAUUAAUGCUACGGGCUCCGAAUCCGGGAAUUUCGACGACUCGACGUAACUUCAUUUUGUAUGCGAAAAAUACACUCGAUCCACAUAAACAACAAAUUAUGUUACCAAGUAUAAUAAAACAACAACUUUACCAUAAACUACGUGUAUUCAAAACUAACUGUAUACCGAUAUUUUCUACCAAAAUAGUUAUCAGUUUAAUUGCAUAUUCUUACUGAAAACACAAAAAUCGUAAAUCGUUGAUUUUUUUACUUUUAUUAUAUAAAUUGAAACAUAUCACGGGCACUAUACAUAAUUCGUACGAAGCCGAUAAUGAAACUGUUUCUGAACAUUUGUACUGAGGCGACCCUAUAAAACGAAUACUCAAUCGCCCAAAGACCCCUAAAUACAUAUUUUAUACACGCGUAUAGGUACAGAUUAAAAAGUUAAACGCUAGAAAGAUGAAAUAAUGCAUAAUAUGUUAAUAUUAAACGAACAACAUAUCUGUUGCCGAGAGUACAUUUCCCGUUUAAAUUAUGUUUGAACUUAGACAUAAUGCACGAUUAGUGUGAUGUAUAUAUUUUUAAUGCUAUCAAUGUGAAUGUUUACGUUGUUCUAUUUUGUAAACACACUAUUCCCACAAUUAUAUAAAAGCUAAUUACGGUUUCGAAUAUUUUAUGUAUAAAAAAAAAAAAAAACAAAAAGUGCUGUCCUAAAAAAUAUUGCGAAAAUAAAUAAUAAUAAUAUCAAAUUUUUUUUUAUUAUAAAUCUUUGAUCACAGGGAAGAAGUACUUAAAUCCAUUUUUGGUAUUUUUUUUUUUUUAUAAUUGUGUUUUAUCUCAUUUUUUUCCAUAAUUUUCUCUUAGUAAACCAUUAAUGUUCCUUAUCUUUUAUUACUUUUUUUUUUUUUUAAAUAUAAUUGAUUUAAGCAAUUCUUUCAUGAGACCAAUAAUAAUAUACAAGUGAAUGCAUCAUUGGUUUACGGGCAUUAUUGAACAAUCAAGCUAAACUCGUUAGCUUUUUAAGUAUGAAAAACAAAAUAGUUUGCAUUAUAGAUAUAUCACUGCAGUUAAUGAAGUUCUGUUAGUUAUUAGUUGUUUUUUUUUUUAUAUAAUUUUUGGGAAAUUGGGAAGGUAGGAUACAGACGGGAAUUUAAUGUACAUAUGUAAGCAACGAUAAAUCAUUGCUAAUGAAAAAACGAUUCUGAGCGAAGUUCAGUUGAUAGUGUUACUUUGUCAACAAUAAAAUAUAUGGUAUACAUCAUAUAAUGGUAAAAUGAUUACAACAAUUUGCGUUUCCAUGACGACAAUGAUUGUUUGAAAAAUAUUAAAAUAAUAAAAACUUAAUAAUAACAAAAAAUAAAUAAAAACGGUUGCCAAUGACAACCUUAUUUUUAAUCUUUCAAUUGUUUUUAACCUAAAGACCGAGGUUUUCUUCAUUAUCUCGAAUAUUAAUUAGAAUUUCAAAAAAUGACUUCUCGAAAGUUUCGCCCAGAGAACAUUUCCUUUCAGAAAGGUAGGUGCUAUUCUUGAUAAUCAGAGUAUUCUUUCUGGUAGAAAAAAUGUUCACAUAAAAAAAAUAAUAAUAAACAUAAUUGUAAAACCAAUACAUUCCUCACUCUACUCGGAAUCAAAAAAAAAAAAAAAAACGUAAAUUAACCAGCCAUAUGUGCGUGUAUUAUUAAAUUUAAAUCAAUCGUGUGCAAUUUAAAUCGAUUUAUGGAACGAUAUUCAUUUUUUUUAAUCGGUUUAAUUUUGCGUAAAAUGUAUUUUUAUCACAUAAAAUAUCGUUGUUUUUUCAGAACUUUCUGCAAUGGGCGAUUACGACAGGAUUCACAGAAUGUGCCAGAAACGCGGUGAAUUAUGGGAGGACCCCGAUUUUCCGGCCACCCAGUCAUCCGUGUUUUACCACCAAAAGCCACCGUUCCAGUUCGUGUGGAAAAGACCCAAGGUCAGUACAAUAAUAGAAGUAAUAUAAGAUAAUAUACAGUAUCAACCGAGUUUAUUACAAUAAUCUACAAGCGCAGGUGGUGGGCGAUCACGUCUUGUAUUAUAUUAUAUACGAGUAGCUACAGUAGUAGGACGAUGAUCGGGCACCCACGCGGCUUAUAAUACCUAUAUAUAAGUAUUAAGUAUACGAGACGAUGGAUACAACGACCCGUAAAGAAAAUAAUACGUUAAAAUCCGAUAAAUAAGGUAUUAUACCUAUAGACAACGAUCGCGUCUGUGAAAUUCAAUUUUUCAGAACGCGUAUAAACCGUGUGAACGCAAUGUAGUCUUGCGUUAUUCGGUUGCGCGUGGUGGGUUUAUCUUUAUACCUAAUAUCUAUCUAUAUGAGUAUUAUUUAUAUCGUUAAAAAGAAAAUAGAUCGGAAUUGAUGGUAAAAAAAAAAUGUUUAUCAACACGUGGAAUAAUUGACGCGUCAGAGGCACAUAAAAGCCGGAUAGCCACGAGAAUUCACUAAGAAAAUUGUACCGAAAUACAGAAUGCCUACAAUAUGUUCAUAUCUGGGGAAAUAAAAAACCAUUACCUACUUGAAAUAGGGAGGCGCUGUGUAAAUGGAAAAAAUGCACCCAGAAAUAUAAUGUUCAAGAACAGUUCCCAAUCUAACAUGCGAUUAGCUUCGCGCGCCAACCAUAGUGCGUGUAUGUACUCGCGUCGGACAUUUAAACGAAAAUAAAUCACGAUUUUAUGAGCAAGGCAACAGGAGAAAAAAGUUGACGCGAACACGACCAAUUGUACAAAGUAACAAAAACAUUCUGAUUUUUAAAAACUAAUUGUUAUUAUUUUCCCGAUUAUUACGGCCCUGCGUAUUGUUUUUCCCGUUUUAUGUUCCCCCUCCUCUGGCGCAUCGCCUUUUCCAUCUAGAAACGAGAUAAAAUAUAAAUUAUCAUCCGUAUUAUUGGAACUUACGUUAGAAUAUUAUAUUUUCUUGUAUACUAAACAUUUAACAGACAUUAACUUCACUCCCGAUUUAUUUUGUUCCAUUUCCGAGUGCCCCGGGUGAUAAUAUUUCGAUCCUUGUAUUCAUUUUCAUAUUCAUUUUGUACAGUCAUUUAAUUUAUUACACGAUCGAGAAUAUUUGAAUACACUUGUACGCGAAAAUAUAGUUUUUUUUUUUCCAUCUUUUUAAAAAAUCUGUUCCACUUCACGACGAUGGAAGAACCACCAUAGUAUAAUAUGUAAGUAGGUAUAAACCGCUCGCAAUUCAACAUUUCAAACGGUGUAUGUCAUUUUCUGUGUAAUUAUAUGUACGAGUGUUCUGUGUAUACUUCACAUUAUAAUAAAAUAUUGUAAUCGUCUUUAAAAUUACUAUAAUUAUAAUCGACGACCGUUCGCCCGGAGAUGCUAUAAUAUAGAUACGCGUGUAGAAUAUUGGAACCGAUAACGUUCACAAUAUUAUUAGUCUACCGUUGUGAUGUUUGUGCGCUAAAGAAUGAAUACAAUUGAGUGAAAAAAAUAUCGGAUAGUACCUCGGUACUGUAAAAUAUAAAAGCAACGCUACGAUACAGAUAAUGACGCUCUUCAUAACGGAUUGUGAAAUUUUAGUAACUCUGUUAGAUUCACGGAGAUUAUCACUUCCCUUGGACUAAAUCUGAAUCCUAGUCAGAUUAUCUGUACCUUAUGUAUACUUAAAUUAUUUGUUUGACGUAUAUUUUCCAUGUAUAUUUCCAGAUACUUUAUUUGUUUUUUUUAGUGCAUAAACAUCCCGUCCCGAGUAUUAUUGGUACACGAAUAAUAAUUAUCAUGUCUAUUGCGGAUGAGGGUGGACCACAAAAAAAAAUCCGUAGGUUCACAAAAUUUUUGUUAUUAUAACAUGAUACGUAGGGUGAAUUUUUGUUUUUAUCAUUGAUCCAGUUAUUGUAUCGGAGUACUCUAGAAAUAAAUUUGAUUCAUUUUUUUUAAUCAUAAUUAGGGAAUAAUAUUGUACUUUAUGUACUUUUUUUUCGAAUUUUCAACCUAACUCCCCUUAAACCUUAAACGAUCAUAACUUUGAUUUUAUAAAUAGCAUCACCAUUCCUUUUUCAAUGCAGGCUCGAACAAAAAUAAUAUUUUUCAAAACAUUUUGAUGUGUGCCGGACCAGAGUUAGCGAGUAUAGCGGACAAAAGUAAAUUUCAUAUACAUCUUUAGAUGAUUCAACCCUAGGGUUAUAAGGGCAAUAUUCUAAACAAGUUUGACGUUAAACAAUUAUUGAACGGAUUAUGACUACAAAAAAAAAAAAAAAACCAAAAUUAAUUUUGUUCAACAUUUUCGUAAACGAAAAUAAAUAAAAACACACGAGUAGUUAAAGUCCGCAAAAUUUACCGUAACGAUAUUUGUAUGUAUAACAGACAAAAUAGGUAGCCCAUACACGAGACCGAUUUGGUCUGUGGCGAAUGAAAUUUUCUAAAAGUUCUAUCACGUGUGGAGUUUUAAGGACACCGCAUUUCCAGGGUUUGAAAGAAUUCAAUACUUGCAGUUUAAAGCCGGCAGGUUUAGUUCAACGGAUCAAAUCUCUCGCUUCUCCGCUAAUCUAAAAGGCCGGGUCCGGCGGACCUCGACGAGACAUUUUUAUUUAUUGAUAAUAAUUUUUCUUCUAACCAGCUGCAGCCCGUCGCGUAAGUCCGCAGAUCGUUCUUGAACGUCUUGAAAGACCCGGUCCUCGGCGCAAAAGUCCGCGUGCUCGCUCCGCUAACCGCCGGACGAAGUCCGCUGGCGGAUUCGCUUCGAUCGGACGGCCAAUGCGCGCGAGCGGGUUUCCCGGCGGAUCCGGUGCGGUCGGACUGCGGGUCCUCAACGCGGUGUCACGGCGUAGAUUUUAUUUUCGGGGUGGGGGUGGAGGGGAAUUCGACGAAAAAUCGUCCCGAACGCGCGACGCUGUCACACCGUACGGCGAUGUUACCGUUGCCGUCAGUACACGGUGCCCAUCGGUGUUCAACCGCGUGCGCACGUUACGCGUCGAACGGGAGGGAAUGACGUACGGUAUUACGGGACGCGCGGGGCGGUCGGGGCGCGCGCCCAUAGGACGUACGACCGCACCGCACUCGCGCUGUCGCGACCCGCGCCGAUGCCGCCGCGCCCGAAAUCGACGGGCCGGCGGUACACGCGCGCGCAUACCCGAACAUUGGCAUUGCCGUCGCCGGUCUCGGCGAGGGGUCUUUCGAGUGUUUCAACGCGCCGCCGGCGCGCCGUCGCAUUGUUCGGCGGGAACCCGUGCCCGCGUUAUUCCGCGGACACAUUGUUCUGCCGCGCACUCGAACCUUGUGCGUUCGGCGUCAAUUGCCGUUGCCGUCGCACGCGCGUCGCUAGUUCCCAGUUGUCCUUACGGCGCCGGCGGACGCGAUAAGACGUUCUGGUGUGAGCGGCGCCCCCUUGGACCCCCGGACCACCGCGCGCCGCUGCCCGCCGAUACCUGCCCGCCGCCGUCGCGUUUUCGCGUCUCUCGCGCGCCGUUUUCCACUGCCGCGGCGGCGCCGAAAGAGAAACCGGAACGCCGUUCGCGCCGACCGUUCGCGCGACCGGCAACCGUAAGAGCAUAAACGGAUACACGGACCCGCGAUGACCGCGAAACGAAUUAUCGUGAAAUCGCGAUAAAGUCGUGACACGAACCGCACUUGCGGUCUCGCCAAAACGCACCAGCUAAACUACAGUAGCUGGAAAAUGCGCAUAACAGCUACUCUUUGGAUCGGUAAACAGACGAUAUCACGUCUCGCGAAUGCGGUAAUUCGUAUUCGUUAUGAGUCAUGGCAAAUCGACUCAAUUUUUCAUGGCUGGUUCUAUACGAUUUCCAGUAGUUUUACAUAAUUUCAUCAUAGUCGAAAUGGAAAAGAAAAACAUAAAUAUUUUUGUCCGACGCGAAAUAACGCACGCGUGUUGGCUUCAAAGUACCUCAUGCAAAACACCCGUCAUUCCUGGUCUAUUUAUCUUAGACCUACGAUAAUAUACAAGUGUACAGUAGCCCGCCCAGAAAUCGCACGCGCUACAACAAUUCAAAUUACUUAUAUUAUGGUAUUUUGACCGUAUGUUACAUUUAAAAAGAAUAAUACCAGACGUUUAGUAAACACAGUUGCAAUAAAACACAAUACGAUUACAUUUGUCGAUUUAUCUGUUGAUUUGUUACCAUUAUCUAUGCGCAAGUAUUAUCGAGUAAACUGUUUAGAGAAGAGUCGAUUUUUUUCAAACGAAGUUUAACACACCAAUAGACGAUUGCAAACGUUAUAUUUUCUCACUCGGCCGUGUAAUUCGAUAUCAAAAUAAACCGCAUGUGUCACACCGGCCUGUUUUUAAGCAACUCUAUUUACUGAAAUAAUAACUAUAUUAUGUUGUUAAUCUUUGUAAAUGUAUAUAUAUAUAUAUAUAUACAAUGCAGAUAUUGCAGAUUUUAUUUUAUUGCACCCGUACCCAGGUAUCUAUCGUCUAUAAUACGUUGUUAUAUUAGACGCAGACCAAUAAAAUAAAUCCGUUUAAAAUCGCCUCUUCGGACCGAACUGGAAAUACAGUUAUGAACAGUUAUUCAAUACACUAUAGGCAGGUGUAGUAAAAUUAAGCCGCCAAACGUUUCUGAAGGUUUAUUUUUAAAAAAAUACUCUGCUCUCCGGUCUAAACGGACAAAUUAUUUCUGUACAACAUUGUAUUAUUAUGCAUUAAAUUGUAGUGCGCCGUGUUCCGGGUCCUUAAUUUCGUAUGGCCGUCGUCCGUCGCGUGUACAGUCCGAUACAAGCGUAAUUGAAACAAAUAAAUAAUAUCAUAAACGUCCAAUAUUAUUAUCGUUUUUUUUUUUUUUUUUUUUUCCCGUCCACUAUAGUAACGUGAUAAAUGCGUAUUAUAUUGGAUGUAACGAUUUUUUAGUUUCGGAUCGUUAAGCCUUUAUAAACGCCUCGUUUCGGGCUACGCCAGCGCUUAUGAACAUUUUAUCGUAUCCGAGGCCCACGACUGCGGCACCCGAAAAACGUCAAGCCUCGUCGUCAAUAAUAUAUGACUACAUGCGACGGCGACGACCGAACGUGCCUGAUUUCGUUAGCGCUCUUCGUUAUCGUCAAAAAUUAUUGAAAAAUAAUAUAGUACAUAAUAUUAUUAAUUUUUUUUAAAAACUGUUACGCGUCGAAGAUAGCGAAAAAAAGAAAAAAAAAACCUAGGUUUAAGUUUAUACAAUUAUUAUUAUAUCUAAGUAGGUGUAUAUUUUUUUUUUCAACUCUUUGUAAACGCACGAUAAAGAAUCACUGACCGUUUCGUAAGUAGGUUAUAAUACGGUGUAAACGCCGAGCGCCGCUGCAGCGAAACUGACCGGCUUUGAAUAUUUUAAACCGGAGACGCGUCCCUCGGCCUAAACAUUGCUGUACUGAACACGGUGGCGUACAUUUUAUAAUUUUUUUUUUUUUUUAUACUUGUUAUUACUAUAUUUUUUACCUUUUUUUCUCUCCGGUCUUCAUUCAUGUGUUUUGUAUUAUCUACACUUUCACACACGCGCGCGCGCACGUAUAAUAUGUUACGAGUGGCCCAAUGUCCCUCGGCCUAAACAUUGCUGUACUGAACACGGUGGCGUACAUUUUAUAAUUUUUUUUUUUUUUUUUUUUUUUUUUUAUAUUACUCGCACAGAUAAGGAAUAUAAAUAUUUAUAUUUUAAUUCCAUUUUUAUGUUUUAGUAUAAUAAACUAACGAAAUAACUUUGAUUUUAUUAUUUUUGAAAAAAUUUGAAGGUAGCCAAGAUGGCUCACAAGAUGACAAACUCUAUAAGAUAUAGAGUUUGUUCUUCUGAAAAUGUUGGCGUUUUAACUUUUUUUUUUCAUUGAAUUCGUGAUUUUUAAUAAUUUUUUUAAGUUUAGAAAAAAUAUUAGUUUCCUAUAAUUAUGGAGCAGGCUGUAAUCGCCUUCGCUAAUUGAUUAUUAUUAUUUAUGGCUAAUUGACCGCACAUUUUUUUCGCAAUACUUUAAAGAAUUUAUUAAAAACCACGAAUUUAAUGAACCUAAAAAGUCGACGCGUCAACGUUUUCAAAAGAAUAAAUUCUAUAAAAUCGUUAAACCGUUCAAAAAUAAUAAAAUAAAAAGUUAUUCGUUGAAGAUUUUUACCAAAACCAAAAAAUUGAAUUCAACUGUAAAUAUGUAUAAUCCGUAUCUCUACGAGUAAUAUAUAUAUAUAUAUAUAUAUAUAUAAAUAUAUACAUAUGUACGUAUAUCAUAUAUAUAUAUAUAUAAAAAACAACAGUAUUUGAUAAUUUUUUAUUAUUUCCGGAGAUAUUACAAUAUGGAUAUAUCUUCGUGGGGCACUCUGUACACAUGUAUUUUAUACACGUGAGUAUACAUACAAAAAUGUAGAAUAUAAUCGCGAGCGAAUAGGUUCCUGCAAUACAAUGCAAAUUCACAAUUGAAUCGCUAUGUAUUUCAGAUAUAUGCAUAUAUAUAUAUAUAUAUUUAUACGAUUGUCCUGCCGCAGUUCGAAUUGUAAAUUAGAAAAUAUUCCAAUGAACUGGAGAACCGGUUGCGUGUUAUUUCGAUGCACCAGUGAGAUAUACAAAAAAAUGCAUUGGAAUGGAAAAAAAAAUAAAAAAUAUUUACAGUCGAACGAGUUACGGGUAAAUUACGCGAUUUACCUACGAAAUAAAAUGCUAAAAAUAAUAACAGUUAUAUAAUUUUAUUAUGCAAUUUUCGGUUUUUUUUUUUAAAAAAAAAAAUGUAAUGUAUACUUAAUAUAUUACACAUUUAAUUGAAAAAAAAAAAAACAAAUCGUGAAUUGCGUAGGGAUAAAAUAAAUGGUCCAUACAGUGUUAUAUUAUAUAGUAUAAAACAUUAUUGACGUAUUUGACCGUAUGCGAAUUUAAACACUGAGCUUACUUAUUGCACUAAAUGACUGCGAUCGUGACCGCUUUAUGAUCAUUCGACGAUCAUAUUGAAUUACUUCAAUUGUAAAUACUUCACGUAAUUAAAUACGUUUUUCAGUACGAUAGACUUUCAAACAAUCAUAGGUCCAAUUUACUAUGCAAUAUAAUAAUACGGUUGCUUUGUGUUUCUAGGAAAUCUGUAACAGACCGGUUUUCGUCAGCGAUUCGGCGUCUCAAUUCGAUAUCAGUCCAGGAAAAAUGGGUAAGUGUAUACGUUCUCGAUGUAGACGAUGUAUUUUUUUUUUUUUUAUAAUUGGAAAACAGAUAGGAUGAAAAAAAAAGAAAACAAAUCAUCGUUUGGAUCGUUCUAAUCGCUAAUUUCAGGGCCGGCUUGAAGGCAGUCCAAGCUAUGCGCUCGCACAGAGCCCCGCGCUUUUAGAAGCCCCGCGUCUAGUCGCAAUCAUAGCUAUACGAUGGUAAUUUCGCAUUAUAAUUUUGGAAAAUACAAAUUAAAAUUGAUGAGCUAAGAAGAAUCGUAUUGUAAAGAUUUACCUACGCUUGAUAUUAGAAGAGUAAUUGAGUAAAAAAAAAAAAAAAAAAUAAAAGCUUAUUGAGGCCUCUCAAAAAUAACUGCACAGGGCUUGGACAUUUUCCAAGCCGGUCCUGACUAAUAUAAUACGUGCACCAUUUUCUACAUCGCCCGAAAACCCUAUUGUUUUUCCCCUAGUAUACGUGCAAAUCGAUACGGGUACACUACGAAUUUAGAUUUUUUUAUUUUUGAAAACUGAAGAAUUUUGACUUUCACUUCUGUGAUUUGUACGUGUGUAUGUAUAUUUAUGUAACAUGUAUAAAAUAUAAUAUAGAUGUAUGGAAAGAUAUACGAGAAAAAUCAUUCGCAGAGAGAGUGCCCGUGCCUAAUUUAUGACUGUGUUUUCUGACAGAAAUGUUUGAUACAAAUAUCUUUUUGGUGAAUAUUUAUACAUAUCUAAUUGUAUUAUUCUGUCGAAUCAUUUUUUUAUAAUUAUGAUUCAUUUUUUUUUUUUUUUUAUAAUAAUACGCUUACACCGUUGGUUUUAAUUUAAAAAGUACCCAAAUCUAAUUAUUAUUUUCCAAUUUAUUAGCAUGCAAUCAGAGUUUGGUUUUUAUUAAUCUAAAAAUACAAUUUAAUUGAACUAGUUUUACUGAACACAAGCAAAACAAAAUAAAAUAUAAUGUAUACAAAUACGGAGCGUUUGCAUUAAAAAUGUAUUCCACCACCUACUGUCAUGAUUAUAAACGAUUAUAAAUCAAGUUUUAACUUGAUCAUUUUUUAUCGUUAUGUGGAUUUUAAUUUGUUGCAGUCGUGAGUAUGUCCAUGACUCAUGGAUGACAAAUAUACGUUCAAUUUUUAAACGUAAACGACCCGUAUAUGAUUAUUAUAUUACAAUGUUGAUGGGAUUAUCUCUAACCCUUCAUAUUGUUAUAUUUAAAAAUUAUUAUUAUGGGAUUUUAUUCUGUCGACUUUGUUGUAAUGUGAUAUCUGCUAAUGAUUUUUUUUUUUUCAACCGAAAUCGACCGUAAAUACAUACAACCUAUUAUAUACCUAACAGUACCCCGUGUUUAGUGAUUUCUUGAUAUUUAUUUCAUCGUUAUUAUUAAUAAGUUUCGAUUUAUAUAUUAUAAUAUUGCGCACAAACAAAAUAUCUUCAAAACUAUGUAGGAUACUCAUAAUAUAUUUCUCUUGCCAUCGCGGUGAACUAUUUUUCGUUCGUAUUUGCGUAUAGGAAAUUUUUUUUACGAAAUUUAUGAACUCAAUAAUAUCCAAAUUCACUAUUGAAUAAAAUGUUUACGAGUAUAGUAUGUUUAACACUUAUCAUAAGAAAGCAAUUUUUGUCGUGAUAUAAACUAAAAUAAAUUUUUGGUAAAACCGUUUUGCGCAUGACAACUGUCUUUUUCCGUAUUCAUAACAGAAAUACCGAUAUUUUGAGAACCCAAAUUAAAGAACUUAAUCUGUGCUAUAGUGUACUUUUGUUUUUUUUUUUUGAUAAUAUAAUUAUAAUUAAAAUUAUCUAUUUACAAACUUCCGUUUAUUUUUUCUAUUUUUACUUAUAAAAGAUAUGAGAAAUGUCACCGAAAAAAAUUAACAUGGAUUGAGUUCUUCUUUAUGUGUUUUAAAAAUUCGGUACAUUUACUAAAAAUGUGAAAAUAGUUGAGAGUUAAGUUGUCCCGUGCAAAACAGUUUUUACAAUUGAAUUACGAUGGCGUGUAAAAUCCUCUUAAAAUAAAAAACAAUGUUCAUGCAAGUUAUAAUAUUAAUUUCAUAAAAGUAACCAUAUGUGUUAUUUUAUACACACAUAUAUAUAUAUAUUAGUUCUUAUAAUACGGUGACAAUUAAUUAGACGGUCUUGAUGGAUUUUUAUUUGCAAUAUACUAUUUAUCCUCACUAGUUAAGGCAGGUAAUUAAUAAUUACAGUCGUUUAAAUAAUUACUAAUUAACGACUGCAAUUUGAGAUGGUCGGUACAGACGUAGUUGCAACAACAACGGUUUACAGAUUCAUAAUUCGAUAUUUUCACAAUACCAAUACGCGUACGGCCGAAAUUUAACCGAUAUCUUUAAUGACCGUUUCAAAUUAAAUGGCUGUACAAUUUACUAUAUACUUGAAAAAUUGAUUGACAAUAAAACAACAACAAAAAAAAAAAAACUAUUUAAUCCAAUAUUGUACAGUUGUUAAGAUUUUCUAGUCGAUUCAAAACAGUAAGCCGUUAUACAUAAGUAUUAAGCUAUAAACAACUGUAUUGAGUAUUAAAUAUUGAAAUGAUAUUUAAUAUACUUUUGUAUUGUAAAGCAGCUGUUUAACGGAAAUUAAAAAUCUUAAUAUAAAACUAGGUUUUACGUAUUGUUAAUUACCGCAGUUUCAUUAAAUGUGUACAAAUCACCAGAGAGAAAAAAAAAAUGUUGUAACAAACUUGUUUGUUAAAAAGAAAAAAAAAAUCCUUACGUUAUUUCCAUCGGUUCAUCAGUAUGAUAUCGUAAAAAAUAUGAUUGCAGUAUUACAGUAAUGCUAUACACAUAAAAUAGCAUUGAUGAAACGUACCUAUAAUAAUGUUAAAAUUAUUUUCACUCGAUUUAAUGAACUGUUGAAGUACAUGUGCAUAAUAUAGAACUUACGUAUAAACCUACACACGAGUACCUACUCAAACAUAUUUUAUCCGUUAUGAAUAAAUAUUGUAAGUAUAUAUACAUAAUUUUUUUUUUUUUUUGUAUACCUAUGCAAAAAAAGAUUGCCAUGUACGGACCUGUUCUACCAAUUUUCUUUUAUAUUGCAUACGUAGGUAAAUAAUACAUUUAUGUAGGAUCAAAAUAGCUUAUAUCGUGACGGUCACAGCCUUGCGUAGGCGAUAAUUUCAUUUUAUUUUUAAUAUUUUAAAAAAAGUGCAUGUUUUUUUUAAAAAUUCACAAAAACUUAUAUAGCGUACGGUGAUUGGUUGAAUAUGAAUAAAUAUGUUUCGAACAAUAAUAAAUACAAAUUUGGAGUUCAAAGAACACUGCUGACUUCAAGUUGGAAUGUUGUAAAAAAAAAAAAACUGAACAGUAUGGAUGAUAUUCUACAAGGUUAUUGUAUUUAUUUUGAUUGCGUGUGACCAAAUUUUAUAUAAAACGUUAUUACCAAAAAUAAUAUUUGAUAUCGAAUCGAGAUUAAUUCAUUGACUAAUAUAAUAUACAAUAUAUUGAUGUAUAAUAAAAGUUACUGAAGUAUUUAGAGUCUCGCUAUAGAACUUGCGUCUUGCGAUACAUCAGACAGAUAUUAAUUGAUAAUUUUGAAGUGUUAAAUAUGAUAUAUGGUUGAAUAAUCUCAACAAGCAUCUUAAUAAAUACGUAAUACUGAAUAUUUUAAAGUUGUUUUUUUUUUGUAUUUCUGAAUUUGUUGCUUUAAAAAUUGCAAAAAAAAAAAAAAAAGAACCUGCGAAAAGAAAUUGAAUAAACCGUAAAAAUUGUAAAAUCAAGAUAACCUUACCAUAUUGUAUAAACAUAUAUAUAUAUAUACACGUAAAUAAUUUGUUUCGUUUUGGAGACAAAUUAUCGCGUAUGAAAAUUAUAUUUGUUAUUAAUUGUUAUGUAAUCUCUUUGUGGGAAUAUUAAAAUUUUCAACAUCUAAUAAAAGGACGUAUGAAAGAAUGUAAAUAGCCCCGUGUAUUAUGAUAAACGUAUUUUUUUUCCCCGAGACCUGAUUUAUUAAUUAACUAUAAUUUUGGUAUAUCAAUCGAAUCGAGUUUACAAGUUUUUGAUUGUAAUUUCGUGAUACUGUUUGAGAAAUGUAAUACGAAAUUGUUACUUUAGGUAGACAUGUUGUGUUAUAAUAUAUAGGUCUACUGUAACAACCGGAUUGAAUUACAUGCUUACUAUAAAAGGUAGAUAGGUAUACUUAUACAUUCAACAUUGUCGAUCCUAUAUCGAGAAAAUAUUUCAUUAUACGCGUUUGUAAUUUUGGUACAGGCACGUUCAAAAAUUACAAUGUUAAGAGGCCGUCACGAUGCGUCACUGCAGUGGUAUUUGUCGUCUCUGUCUUUCUAACGGGAAAUUAUGUAGGUACAAAAUACGCGUUCGCGUAAAAACAAAACUGAUAGGCAUUUAAAAUCGUUUUAAGAGAUAAAACACCUACAGUAAAAUUUGUAGAUGAUUACAUUUUGAAGACGACGUGUCUGAAAAACCACUUUUAUACGAUUCUGUGUACCUUCGAUAAUGAGUUGAAUAUAAUUUAGUGAUAAAACGCCGAUCGCUGAUUGUUUUCAAAAUGUUGUCAUCCACGCAUCGAUUAUAAUGCGAUUAUGCGCAUCAGUUAUAAUCAAUUAUAUUAUCAGUGUUAUCUCUGAGACCGAUUUUAAAGGUUUUUUUCGUUUGUUUGUUUUACACGAAUACAUUUUUGCUGAAUUGCCCGUUAAAAAGACUGGCGAUGAUGGCGAUCGUUUGCCAUUGUUUCGCGACCUCUUAAACUGCCGAAUUGUUUUAUUUUAAUAUGAUGUAUCUGAAUUAAUUGUGAUAAUUGUGAUUACAUACGGUAGUUAUUAUUUCGAGGCGAAAUUUUACAAUAAUAGCGAAUUAAACAUUUUCAAAUCGGGAUGUCGAAUUAAAUAACGUAUUAUGAUAUUGUUAGGAAAUAGCGUCAUUGGAAAAAAAAAAAAAAAAAAGUGAUUACCUAAUCAACCGAAAGGAAAUUAAAUCGCCCUUCCCACCUGGUGUUGUAUUGUUUAGUCGACGAUGAGUAUUGCAACACGACGGAACUGAACAAAACUACAUGUGGAUAUCGAUCAAGCGUAUCUAUACAUUCGACGGGAACAAUGCGAUUUCAUGCGCUUAUAUAUAUAUUAUUAUUAUUAUUAUUAUUAUUAUUAUUAUCUGUGAUGAUAGCGUGAUGCGCGAUACCACGACAAGAGAACGUUAACACAGGAUGAAGAUUGUGUACCUACGUCCUAUACACGACCUUGUGGGAAAACAAAAUGUAAACAAUACGGUUUUUGUGAUAAUACUUUAUGGUCCACCGUCCACAACGUUGUCCGCCGAAUUCGGUAGUUUCCUAUAAAUAUUCGACAAUUGUGAUGGUACACCGUAACAAAUCAAAUAAAAAUCCAACCGUAUUUUUUCAGAUUUGUUAAUUUUCGAUUAAAUAAAUUUAAACCAUAUUUAAAUGGACGCGAUGAUAUUAUAGGUAUAUGAAUUUCGAGUUAGUUAAAAAAAAAAAAAAAUAAUAGAAUAAACAAAUAAUAUUAUUAACAAUGUGUAUAUAACUACUUAAAAUAAAGAAAGAAAAUAUGAUGAACGCCAGUCAGGAUGAGACGUGAACGAUGCGAUGUGAAUCCGGUGAUUUCGGAGUUACGUUCACAAGACUGGAACGAAUUGACUGGGCCGUUGUAAUGAUACUCUUCAAAACUCGCUUGUCGACUGGAGAUUCACCAAGAGAUAUUAUGCGUACAUACAUACAUUAAAUGUAAUUAAAAUGGUUAACCAUCUCUGUUGGAGUCAUCUACUGUGUCUUAUUAUUUUUGUAUUUCGAGUAAAUCCAAUUUCGCUACUGCGCUGUCCGGAAAAUUAAUUUUUGCGCAGAGAAAAAUAUUUGCUAAACAUUUUUCAUAGUAUUAUAGCAGGUAUUUUAUACCAAACGAAUCGUUGAUUCCGGUUAAUAAAUAUACAUUUUGUUGAAAUUAUGAAAAAUAUAACGCUGCGACAUCGUCCAAAAAUUACCUUAUUAGUACGUAAUUAAUAAAUCCAAUAAAUGCCAUAAUAUAUUUUAUGCACGUGCCUACUUCUGUAGCAAGUAAAUUGUUUUGCAGAGUGGACCGUUCAAUAACAUUCAAUAAAGUCACAAUAUUUGUUCAAAUAAGGAAAAUUGUGAAAUGAUUCGCUGUUUUGCGCGUCAUGUUAUCGUCCGGAUACAUAGAUCAUGAUUACGAUGUCGCUAUUUGUUUCGCUAAAUGUUCAUCGUAAGCUCAUUACACAUUUUAAAAUAAUUGCUUUAAAUAUCUUGUGAUGUCACUGAUGCAUAGGCAUGGUGAGGAAUUUAUUAGUUUCGCUAGAAUGGAUUGGGUUUUUUUUUUUUUGUUGUGUCUGUGAACAACAUGUAUACCGGAAAUCAGUCAAAAAACGACAAGAGAUCUUUUUUGAAGUAAUUUAGUAAAAGUCACAGCGUUUCAAAAUGUGUUUAACCGAAUUUCGGUCAGAAAUGUAUUUCUUUAACAAUAAUUUAUCGUUGAAUCAAAAAUUAAAUAACUCUAUGCUUCCAAACUUCCUUCCUACAACCACUGGCAUGCCUAUCAGCAGUAUUAUCUGGGUUUUUUUAAAAUGGAGUGACAAAAUAUUCGAGUUGGUACGCUUGAUACUUUUAAAGGCAGUAAAUCCGUCAUACAAAUUUGAAUAGAAACUGUACAAUUCCAUAAACAACAAGUUCUGUAGAUCGUAAAUAACAAAUAAUUUUAUCGGCAGUAAAUUAAUAUUGUAAUAUUUUUUUAAAGUUUUCGUCCGUUUUGUCAUGCGAUACAACUGAAUAAAAUCUGCGUUUAUAUUGUAACAUUGAGUUUUCGGAAGCGUUUGAAAAUAAAAAUAAUAAUAAUGAAAAUAAUGUGUGUGUAGCGUAUACAAAUAUUGUCGAAUUAAUACACUUACAGGAUAGCGACCGUAUGAAAUAUAAUUAUUAAUUAUUAUUCUUAUAUCAAGAAUAUUCUUUUAUAUUUAAAGAAGAUACCGUUCAAAUCGCAAGAUUAUUAUUUGUACAAAAAUUGAAUUAUCUCGUGUAUAGGGUAUUUUUGAAUCGUUUAAAAUACGUAUCCAAAGUAUAUUAUUUUAUAACGAGUACGCAUGUUUGAUAGUUCAUACGGAACGGAAUAAUAAUGAUAGUGUGACAAUAUAAUGUACAGUUUGUUUAUAAGGUUAUGUAUACGAAAUACUGGUUUAUAAUUUUAUCAUUAUGUAUAAAAAUGCAAAUUUAUAAAUAAAUAAAAUAUAAAAUAAAUAUAAAUAGUAUAAACAAAAACUAUAUAAUAAUUAAAAAAAUUAUGCAAUUUUUCAAGUAAAAAUUGGAGGUAUAUAAAAAAUUAAUCUACAGAUAUAUGGAAAAAAUAUAUUCCUAGCUUUCUAUUAUUUACAUAUUUUUAACUUCUUAAACUUGUAUUGUACAAGGUAAAGUUUUCAUAAAGGACGUAAAGUUUUGCUUGAUGAAACUGUAAUAAAAUCACAUUGCCAAAAAUGAAAAAGUAUUUGGAAAUAAUUUCGUUUAGAGACUACUGUGCUUUGUUAAAUAUGUUAUAACUUAUAAUAUAUCAUAUAUAUAUAUAUUUUUUCCAUUACUUUUGAACGCUUUUAGCUGCUCCCUCUGGACCAAAUGAGUUUAAACUUAGGAACUGAGAGUUUUUUUUUUUUUUUUAUAAAUGGAUUGAAAUGAUCAAAGUUUAGUUAAAUUUUAAUAUGAACUCGCUCAACUGUAUUGUUGUCGGAGAAAAGUUUAUAUUUGGUUUUGUAAACCCAGACAGACUUCUCAAAUGAAGCCAGAGGAAUGGUAUUUUGAAUAGACGUGACGUAAACAUCAAGGGUAAGCAAUUUGGAGGUUUUAACUUAAAACUUGCAUUUUUAUGCUCGAAUUUCAAGUUUUUACAGAAAAUUCAGGGUUUUAAAUGCCCUUACAGAAUAAACGUAAUACAAAUCUGACUACAACCAUACAGCUAUUUUAGAUCAAUUUUCUAUAAUAUAUAAAAAUAGAAAAAAUUUAAUAUUGUAACGGUAACAAGUCAAUUGGGUGAACAUUCACUUUGUUUUUUGUUUAACUAGAUAUAUUUUUCCGUACGCAUAAACGUAAAUAAUAUAUAUAUACAUAUUAUUUCGUUUUUGUAUCAUCUUCUUUUAUAGAAGAUAAUUGAAAACAAGACGACAGUAAUUAUAUAGCAAACUGGAAUUAUACUGGAAUUAUUAAUAUGUUUGUGGCAGGUGAUAAAUGGCUAGUCUCUUGUCUGGGCGUGUUGUACCUUUGUAAAGGUCUGUUCUACCGCGUAGUGCCGGCCGACCAGACGCUUUCCAGCGACAAAGAGUACAGCGGCGUUUUCCGGUUUCGUUUGUGGUGGUGCGGCGAAUGGAUGGAAGUGUUGGUCGACGAUCGACUUCCAACGGUCAACAACCGGCUGGCGUUUUUGCAAUCUACACAUACCGAUCAGUUUUGGCCGGGACUGUUGGAAAAAGCGUACGCCAAGUAAGUGCAAUAGUAAUUAUUUGCAAUUAAAAUAAUCGUCUCCGUAUGAAAAAAUACUUUCAUACGGUAUACGGAUCGUAUCUUCUUGUACGAUUUAAUAACAUGAUUUACCCGACCCAUGCUUACGCGCGUGGCGUGUUCGGGAUUUUUCAAAACGGGGAUGGGGUACAUCGAAGAAUACUCCGACGCACUGCAGUGGGGCCGAUGACACCGAAAGCUUGCGAGAAAUUGGAUUUAUCGAAUUGAACUAUUUUAUCAUAUUAUAUAGGAGUUCGUACCGCGUUAAAAACCGGCUUUGUGUACGAAGUGCAACUUAAACUGUCCGAGUACAACGGCCGAACGGUAAUCCGCCGAGCAUCAUAAUAUACAAACAAACAGUGUAACUUUUGAAAGUUUUACUGUUUUUCCUAAAACUUACCGAUUUCAUUGUGUAUUUAAUUAAUUUUAUCACUGAACCAUUAGCUACAAGUCGACGUUUUUUUUAAAUCUAAAAUUAACAUUUUAAACGUAAGAGUUACCGAGAUAAUUUUGUAGUUCUAUGAUCACGAUAAAUUUCUCUUCCAAGUCUUUCCAAGCUAAAUUAAUUACGAAAUGCAAUUUUUAUAGUCAAUAGAUAGAGUAUUAUUCUUUAAUUACGAUGAAAAAAAUUUUACCCAUAUUUAUCCCCUUUUGUGUAAAUAGCUUUUGUCUACGGAGUUAUAUAUUAAUUUCGCACUAACAGAAAAAAAAUUUAAAUAACCGCCAUAAUACUUUGAAAAUUUGAAUAAUAUAAACCUAGAAAUGUUCGAUACGAAUUUCAGGUUGAUAUGAAUAUUUUAAACUGAAUAAUGACAAAAUUCACAGAAACCGUUGUAGCGUAAAUGUUUCCGUGUUCCGACUUUUUCUCCGAUUUUUCCCAAUUAUUAAGAAAACUACAAGAAAAAUAUUAUAAAUAGCCUCCUCAAUACACCAAGUAGAUGACAUUUUCCACCAAAAAGCAACCUAUGUAGUCGACGAACGGAUUAUAAUUUCUGGUCAAAAAGUUGUUUAUAAACGGACAAAAGAAUAAUAAUAAUAAUAAUAAUACAAAAUAUAGUAAAUUAAUAUUAGCAAACUUUUGAUGUAAUCUGUCCCACUGUGCGAAAUAACAAACGAAUACAAAUUAAAUUUCAAAACGAGAGGCAUAUAAGGGUUCUAACCUUCUAACAUCUAAAUAGAUGUGAAAACUGAAAUAUCGAUUAAAAAAAAUAUCCAACAGCGCUAAUAUAUAUCUCCCGUAUAAUAAUAUUAUAUUAUGAUUAUAGUCAAGGUCGUAACUGGAAACAAAUUUCGGUGGAGAUGGUCCAACAUUUUUUAAAUAUAGUUACUUGACAUUAAAUAAACUAUAUUCACUUCAAAACAUUUUUUUAUUUUAAAAAACUCAGGUGGGGUCCGAACACCCGAACCUCCCCUUUAGUGACGGUCUGAAUCAUAGCCAUACGUCAGUAUUAACAUUUCGUGUUGGAUAUCGGGUAAUUUUUAACGUAAGUAAACCUAACAAUAAGAAUAGUAUAUAACUAUAUAAAAUUACGUUUUUCUAUUAACAUGAAACCGAUUAUACCGUACAGUACCCUAUUAUUAUUAAAUGUAUGAAAAGAGUGAGAGACAACUCAUUUAAAAACGGAUUGCUGCCUGGUUUCCGGGUCGCUAUAAUCGAUUGGUACAUAGUAUGAUGAAACAUAAAAAUUAUCAUACAGUGUCCAAGUAUUACAUACCCGGAGAGUUAGUUGUCAGAAAAAUUACAAGGGGUAAAUACCUUUUUUCGUAUUACGGUUCUUGUACACGUGACUUUUUUUUUCUUAUUCCAAGAGGGGACGUUUCCGACGUAAAGGUUUUAUAGACUUUAGGAUUUCAUUUCGGGUUUUCACAGUUUCGGGUUUGGACGUGGCGGAGAAUUUUUUUAGACAUUGAUGGUGUUGACUGUUGUCGCAGCACGCUGUGCCUACAACUCCCUUGUCAUUUUUCGGAAAACUGUAUACUACUAGGAAUAAUAAUAUUUAGAUAGUGAAUAUUUCAAAACGCGAUAUUUUUCCUAAAUAAUACAAACACGGUAGGUAAAAUAUUCAUUUCUCUCGAUGUUAUAAAUUUAAAAUAUUGAAAUAUUUUAUGAGCUGCAAAACAAAUGAUUAAUUGUUGAAAUUUCAACGACGAAAUUAUGACAGUUUAAUAAUAUUAUAGUAUAAAAGUAUGAAAAUUACGAAUUGUAGAUAGGUAUAAUACCGACCACAUAAAUACAUAAUUACAUAUGAAAAUUAUGUAAAGGUUUCGUAUAGUAAAUAUGUGACCUCGACAAAAAAAAAAAACCUUUCGCUAUAGGUACCUAUGUGUAAACGGAAUUAGGAAAAUAAUAUGUGUUAUAUAAUACACUUAAGUUUACUAAGUAAAACAAACAAUACGUUUCACUUAAAAAAAUGUAAAUAGAUAUGAAUUAUAGCGAUUUUUUUUAAAUAUGUGACUUAGGUAGGUGCCUAAUUAUCGUAGAUAGAAUUGAUAUUGGAUAUAUUAUAAAAAUAUUAUUUCUCAUUUUGUAUACAAAAUGAAGUUAAAAAAAAAAAAAAAAUGUUUAUCAAAAUACAUUGUGUACAAAACAAGUACAUACCUAUCUACAGUAGAAAUUGUAUGUUACAAGGUUCAUUACUUUUAGCAUUUGCAUAUUUUUUUCGAGUGAUCUUAGAGAUACUUAUGUUAGCUAUAAAUCCGUUUCAGGAAAUCACGAAGCUAUGUACGAAAUUUUGUGUCGCAUAUUUCGAAACUAAAGUGUUAUUUUGCUUUUUUCCUAUGGCUGAAUGCUAUUUCAAUAACGUAGGCUUCAAAAUAUACUUAAUAUUAUGCGUAAAAUAGUAUAUUAUAUUUAUAGUUCUUAGAUAUUUCAUAAUUAUCAUUUUUACAUAUUUUGUCAUUUUUAGUGCAUAUCUAAGCGCUUAUAUACAUGUUUUUAAGAGCAUAUUAUUGCGUUUAUUAAUUUUUUUUAGGGGUAAAAGUUAUAAUCCCCGGUUAUUAUAAUGUAGGCACUAAUUUUGUUUUUGUUAUAAUAUAAACUGAAUGUUUAAUGGAUUUUUUUUAUUUUUCUUCAUUUACUAGUUUAUUUUUAACUGACACAUUAACAUAAAAUGUUAUUUUCCGUAAGUAACGAAGAUAAUAAAUGUAAAAUUGUUUUUAACUUUCCAUUAAGUAGGUACCUAACCGUAUAAUAGGUACACAAACCAGGUAUACACCAUACAUAUUAUUAUAUUAUGAAAACUAUAAAUUAUUGGAUCUCAAUGCCCAUUUGCUAUUUCGUUAAGAUUCCGCGUUAUCUUAUUCGCAAUAGAAAUUUACACUGCGCACUCAUGUUUAAAAAAAAUGUUCAACCUCGAUUGACUUCCUACGCUUCAGAUGUAGUUUAUCUUUAUCUAUUUUCUAUUAUGCAAAGCCGUUUAUACAGGUGACUUUGAAUACAAUUCAAUAAUAUUUCUGAUUGUCAAAUCAUAUAUUACUAUAAAGUUUAUAUUGACUUUAGAUUAAAUAUGCUGAUCUGAACUUCACAAAGACGGCAAUGGAAAAACAUGACUUGGCUUAUUUUUGUUAUUAUUAUUAUUAUUUUUAUUUUGCCAAACGAGAAUAUUACGAGAGAAAUAAUAAUUCUUUAGCUGAAAACACGAAUCAAGAUUUUUUUUUUCUUAAAUCACAUACCAACUAUAGUCGAGGUGUUUGUGAAAGUUAUUGUCGUUAAAGAAGAGUUUAGUUUUGAUCCCAUUUUUUAAUACGUCAUAAAUUACUUUGCAACGUACAAUAUGUCAUAUUAUGGGUACCUACCUAAUUAAGAUUAUUAUAUUUUUCUUCAGAUAAUAUUUUUAAAUUAUUUAUAUUCUGUAUAAAAAAACAUCCCGGUUAACUGUAUGAUAAUAUAACACGGUCGGAAUAAUGCGCACUAGGUUUACACAGAUUGUCGGGACGAUAUCAACACCGUUUCUCUUCUCUCUCUUCCCCGCGAGAGCCGAGAGCUGAUGAAAAAUAACAUUUUUUUUUUUUUUUUUUACAACUUGAAAUAUUUAAAUUCGAACCACACACCUUCCCUUCGACGAAUAUCUGUCUCCCGGCCCUCGGAUACUGAUUGAUACGUAUUCGUUUUAUUAUUAUUAUUAUUAUACACACCUGCGGUCAUUUUAGAAACCUGUUAGCGGCAGCCGGUACGCGGUCCCGCAGUGCGCGCGCACAAAGCGAACGGUCACUGAGAAAUCGGUGAAAACCGUCGGGUGUCGUACCCACUAACUACACUCGUAUAAGGCACAAACUGUAUGGACAAUGGGCGUCACACAAAGUUUGUGAAAAAUUAAUCAUUAACAUUAUUGCCGUUUAUAGUUUGUCGUCGUCAAUCUUACCAAAAUUGCUAAUAAAUUCCGGUAGUUUCACGAUAAUGUAAUACGGACGCUGACCUUGAAGGUUUCUUUUCGCCUGCGUUACUCGUCACAACGCGUUGAAAACGAGAACUCGUCUUGUCAAAAACAAAAGCAAAGCGAAUCAAUGAGAAAUCGAUGUCAACUGUUGAGAUUAGAAUUUAUUAUCGACGUACGUCUUUAAUGCCGACGAGCCGGUGGCCGCGAGGAAAAAGGCCUCCGAAUCCCGUGAUCUGUCCGACGCGGUUUUCCCGUUCCCCCCCCCUCCCCCCGGCACUAUGUAAACCCGUCAUGGUUUUUUAUCCGCUUGAAUUUAGGUUUAACGUUUGGACACUGAUUGAUUUUAGUCCGAGUAGAAUCUGAGGUGUAUCCCUUACCGUGCGAUCGGUGACUUAUUUUGUAAAUUUGUUUAAUUGUCGACGGUUACCGGUCACGCGGUACGAGUAAAAUUAGAAGUUUCAGUCGGCGACCUUAUUACGAACGCCUUCUCUUCUCCAUACGAUUAUAUUACUAUCGGCGAGGUACAAAACCGAUUAGGUUCGCAAACUCUCUAUGCAGUCCCUAUAUUACACUAUAACGUAGUCAUGGCGCGCGAUGGAACGAAAAGAGCAGUUUAAGGAACCGCCGCGGACAGCCGUCGCCGCACGUGUCGGGGUCACGGCGCAUGGAAAGAUUUUAUUUAUAAGUAUUUUAAUAAUCUAAAAAGGGGCGUGACACACGACUCGUUACAGCGAAACGGCCGAGGCGGAGGACGAAAACGGUUAUUUACACAAAAUAAGUGAAAUUCGCAUUGGCCACGGGAAGGCGAUUCCGUGAUCCGUCGAUCGCCCGGGGCCGCGGAAUUGUGCGGAUCCCCUCGUGUGUUAUACCGUACGGACAACAACGGUAUAAUAUUAUUAUAUUAAUCGCGCAUUCCGUGUAAACGGACUAAGCGAUUCGGCCGACCGUGUGCGCUAAUCGAGCCGAAAACACGUGAUUUCGUGUCUGGGGGUCGUCGAACCCCGAAAGUCGUGUGCGAUACCGUCGUUUCCAAGGUCGCGGGGUUUCAGGCUUUGGCGGUCGCUUAACCGUGCGAGACGAUACGCAGUCGCGGUCGACGCCGUCGUUUUCGGCGACGGCGACGGCGGUCCUGCGCCGACACGACGACGAACUGUUGUAAUAUUACCGUCGUGAUAAAAAAAAAAAAAAAAAAAGACGUCUUAGGAUAAUGGGAACGGGCGCAGCCGUUUUUACGGAUAAUUUGAAGUAUACCCCUUAAGCAACGAUAAACCAUUGCUUACCGAAAAAACGAUUCUGAACGGAGUUCAGUUGAUAGUGAUCGUUCGUCAACGAUAUAUGUGUCAUAUUAUGGUAAAAUAAUUAAUUAGACAUGAUAUAUUUUCUUUGAUAUUGUAUCGAUUUUCUCAAUUUUCCUACGUUUGUCCCGUUUUUCCUACGGUUUUUUCUGGUUUUUCACAUUUGAUGAGAAAACUCGCCAAAAACACGAAAAAUAACCUCUCUAAAGUACCUCCCCAGUAAAGUUUUAGAAAAAUUUCUAUCAUUAAAAGUUGUAAAGCAGGACAUUUUUUCACAGAAAAAAAGAAGCCCGUAAUAUAUUUUAACUAAUACCUACAUUUUUUUUUUUUUUUUGGUUAUUCAAAUUUGAUGAGAAAACCCCUAGGAAAAUUAAAAAAUGACCUUCUUAAAGUACCUCCCCACACCGAUUUUCUUUCAGAAAAAGUGAUACACGUAGAAAUCUGAACAAGUCUUCUGGUAGAAAAGUUGUUAAAAGAUAAAAAAAAAAAACAUCUUUUUAAAUCUAUAAGCUUCUUCGCUCCAUUUAGAAUCUAAAAAACCGACCGAAGUGUUACAAUUACAGAUACGUAUGAUAAUAAUAUGAUAUAUUAUCCAUAUCUGUGGACUGUGAUUCCAAUAUUGUAAUUUCGUAAUUCCGUGUUAAUUGUUGACACCACAAGAGUGUGUCAUGUCGCCACCAGAUUGUCGGUCUCGGACAAUGACAAAUCAAUUGUGGUUUAUUAGACUCUUAUGGUACUAUAAUUAGAACCAUGAACAUUGUAAUAACAUUUGUGUUAUAAAAAAAUUGUCGCCCCUCUAGAUCUUUGCUCUCGACCCGUGUCUGUCGAAAUCCAAUAAUAAUAAUAUAAUUGUGUGCGUCAUGUUAAUUUUGACGCCCAGCCAUGGACGUAACUUGGCUAAUUUGUAUGGGGAGGGAGGAAGCAAAGUUUAUUUCAUUUCGGUAUACCUAAAGACAUUAAAAUAUGAUGAUUAUAAUUAAUAUAAUCAAAACUAUUAAAAUGUCUACUACCAAUCAAUUAAAAUUAAAUAUUUAUGUCGAUUGAAAUCUUCUUCUUCUUUGUGUCGAGUCUGCAUUAAACUGAUUAAUGAUGGUAUUGAAAUUAAUUUUACAAGUAUUUUCAGUAUGUAAAAUAGACCUUGGGUUCGGCAGUUUGGUUCGCCCAUAGAGUUACUCUAUGGGUUCAUCAUAAAGUACGACCGUAUUAUCAACGAACAAUAUACAUAGAAGUUUUUCUCAUCGCCCAGUAAUCGAGGGGUCGUUUUAACGAAAUCGUUGGGAAAACGGAAACUCGUCUGCUACUCGAAAAUAAUCAAAUCGACUUUCAAAUAAAUUCGCAAGUAUUAACCCCGUGUCGUAUUUUAUUUUAUUAUGUAUUCAUGAAAUUUGUGCGAAACAAAAAAAUAAAACGUACCAACUCUUCGUCAAAGCUGGUUUAGAAAUAAAACGUCUGUUCGAAAUUGCAUUGACGAAAAACAGCAUUUUCGAGACUGCACUAUCGGAAUUAAAUUUUUACAUUUCAUGGAUUCGUUUAUUAAAAUAACGCCUAACCCAGACGUCAAUACUCUGACGAGACGUUAUAACUGAUUAUUUAGAUUAAAUUACGAUCAUAUUAUUAUUCAUGUAAUUUGAAAACAUGAUCGAUAGUUUUUCGAUCAAAAUAUAAUAAUAAUAUGUAAUCAAACCUACUCGGACUAUAUGUAUAUGCACGUGGGUUGUUUUAAAUUGUCUUAAAAAAAAAAAACAACAACAAUUUAUUGUACCACUUAUAAAAUACUAUAUUACAUUAUGUAUAUAAAAAACACGUGGGUCCUGUAAAGGUUAUUACCACGGUCCGCAGUUUAUUCAAUCCGUAAAUCUGAUGGUCAAAAUAUUUUUUGCAUUAUCUUCGUGUCACAUGUAAAGAACGGAUAAUUUGUUAAUUUAUUUACUUGAGACACGGGACUUUAAUUGCCCCGAAAUGACAAAUGGUACUGUGAUUUCUAUAUGCUGAUCGUUUCGCGGGUUACGAUCAAAUAGUAAAUGAUAAAAGUUCAUCAAAUUGAAAAUCUAAAAUCAAUCAAUAAACGCCGUAGAUUUUGUAAAUUUUGAUAAAAUUACAAUAUUCAUAAUAAUAUCGUGGAAUAUUAUAAAUUGAUACACUCGCGCCUGGUUGCCGUCAUUGGUUAUAAUAUCAGAUAUCAUAUUAUACUACUGUUGGAUGUUUUAAUAAGAUGCAAGGUCGUGCAAGGUCGGCGUGCUAUCGUAUUUAGCACGAAGGGACGUUAGGUUAAUUAUUAAAUUGAGCUGGUAUAAAGGCGAUAACAAUAGGUAAUGCUAUAUUUUACGAUACCGAAUAAAUUAAAAAAAAAUAAAAGUAAAAAGUAAAAAAAAAAAAAAAAACGUUAUUUCAUUGUUUAUCCGCCAUCUACAGAGUUUUUUUGUUGUAACCAGCGUUCCCUUCCAACUAUUUUUUUUCGGAUAUCACGCUUUUUUCAUGAUUCCGUUUAAAUGGGAUCGGUUGUGAAUUACUAAAUAACCCUGUACUGGCGUACUUAACUUGAAAAUUAGGUGACAGGUUUUAGUUGGUAAACAAUGUAACACUUUCGAACAAACUCUCGUCAGAGAUAUCCCUGAUAAUCCUGCUACUCCGUAUAAAUAAUAAGCCAUUGAUUGGGGCGAUUGGAAGUUGACCACGAUUGUUGACCAAUCUGACACUGCUAAGAUUAUGUGGUUUUUUCCGUAUGUGAAUAAGUCUUUGACCAGAAUACUCGCUCCGAUCAUCAACAACUGGUUACUGAUAGCGAAUUCCGUCUUGUUGGUGAAUUGAAGGAGGUAUUUUUUUUUUUUGAUUUUACUUGUCUGAAUAACGAGUGAAAAACCGAGGAAAAAAAACCGUCGGAAAACGGGGAAUAUUUACGCAAUAACCGUGUCUGUUAAUUUUGAUACGCAUUCGUUGCAUCGUGUACGAUUAUGCUUCGAACAUUGUUUUCGAUUACUAAACCGUUCGAAACUGGAAAGCGAUACAGGCGGUUUUUUUUUUCUAAGCCCGCGACGAUGUUCCGCGGUGUAACACAUUCGUGUUUCGUAUAAAUCAUGCGUCUUGUGUACUAUAUUAUACGUAUUAUACCCGUGCCUCUCCGACUUGUAAAAAAUAAAAACAAAUAAAUAAAAACGAUCGUGUCCCGUGUCGUGUUAUAGCCGAUUGCUUUCGAAUCGCAUUCAAAAUGGAAAACGGACGGCAACGAAAACGCGUUUUGCCAAUGAACUUGAAUCCUGCGCACUGGGUACCGUUGACCGUCAACGGCGUUUUAUCAUAUGAUCGUAUUAUACUAUUAUUCAGUAUACAGUUAUACUGCAGAGUAUCAGCAUAUUGGUAUUAUACACUGCUUUCGGCGUUAUUUGAUAUUGACCCGUUUGGAAUAUUGUGAAAGUGUACGGACCGCCGCCGCAGCAGCGUCUGGUAUUUUAAGUUAACAUUAAACGCGCGUUUGAAAUGCCGUCGUCGUCGUCGACGCCGCGGCGGCGGUAAAAACUAUAGGUACCUAUUCAAUUUGAUAUUUUUCUAAAUACCUGUGCGUUCGGUAUAAAAGCGAAAAAAUGUUUGAAAAAAAAAAAUAAAUAAAUACUCCGUACGAGUCUAGGUAUAAUACCUGUCCACCUGUCCCACCCAUAUAUCUACCUAGUUGUUUCCUAUACGAAAUGUUCUCUCCGGCAAAGCGGAUGUGUAUUAUUUCGCGGGACGUUCUACAUUGCGAUUUUGAAAAUGAAUUAUUAUUGUAUCUAUCUAAAAACGAAAUUUAAAAUGUUUACCUUUAUGUUAAAAUCGUAUAAGAGAGUAUAUAAUAAUGAUCGUUGAGACGUAAAGGACUAUUCAUAUUAUUUAUAAAACGAUUAUUAUUGUCAUCGGGAUAUCUAUAAUAAUUAGGUAAUAAUAAUUAUGGUAACGUUCGUGUAUGAUUUGUAAAAAUUAUGUUUGAAAACGAAUUAUAUUUCGGAAUUAAAAAUAUAAGCAUGAUUAUUUUUGUUGUUUUUUUUUAUUUUCGGGCGGGUGCGCGCUUGUUAUAAUUUGUGUAUUUCUUGGAGAAAGUCAUAUAAUAUCCUCAAAUUUGAAAAACAAAUAUUAUAAUAUAAUAUUAUUUAUUAUUGAACAAAUUGUUAAAAAAAAAAAAAACUGACCAUAUUAUGAAUUGUAUAAAAUAAAUCCAUUCAUUAGAUUCGAAAUUGUGCAUACAAUAUUUUUUUAAGAUAGUAAAAUGUGAAAAUUGUAUUCUAGAGAGUGACCAAUAACUCGGCUUAUCACUGUUGAAUGGACCGCCAUUUUGUGUGCUCGGACAAUACGGCGUAGAGGCUUUUUAUUCAGUAUACUGAUGUAUACAUUAUGUAUUUUCAUAAGAAUAUUAUUAAGACGAAAUGCGUUGUCUGUAUGAAAAAUUAAAAUUAUUUUGUUGGAGUAAACGUUGAAAUGUUUAUGAUAAACGAUACUAAACACACAUAGUGUAAUGCGUUAUGUGGUUGGCCACUGUCUUAAUAUCUAUGCUCUCUAUUUUAUUCUGUUAAAAUUCUUCUCUUCGGUACAUAGUUUUUGUUUUUAUUAUUUAAUUUAUUAUUAUUUUCAGAUUACACGGUUCGUAUGAAGCCCUUAAAUACGGCACUCUUUUGGACGGACUCGCCGAUCUAACAGGCGGUAUUACGGAAAGCAUCAAUAUUCGACAGGACCAAACCACGUGUGGUAGAAUGAUCGCAAAAAUGUUGGACAUGACUUCCAUUGUCACGUGCACGGUACAACCGGUAUCGUCUCAGGUGCUUAUUAAAAAUAAUAAAUAAAAUCGUAAAACUAUACCCUCUUUGUAAACGGAUAAAAAAUACGUAUGCAUGACUAUAACAGUCUAUUAAUUAAUAACUAGUGAUAAAAAUUGACUCAGAUAAUAUCUGAAAAGCAAAAUAAGUUGUAUGCAGAGAAGAACAAAGGAAAAAUCUCUUGUUUUCCUUCCCAGACGACAACCCUUUUUUUAUUGUGAGAUUUCUUUGAUUUUAUCGUUAGACGAAAGAUUUAUGAUAAUAAUAAUGACGUGCGCGCCAGCGACGAAACGUACCUAAAACAACUCAGAAUCGAUGACCUCUAAUCUACAUAAUGCACACCCGCCAAUACAUCCGAACACUUUUAAUGAUGUUUACUAAAUCAAUAGUAAACGAGAAUACUGACAUUUGGUUACGUUCAUGUUGAGCACCCAUCCGCCCACCCCCUAAAUCUUCAAGAAAACAAAAACCCAGACCGCAUAUUCGUUUCGCCACUGCGUGUGCCUGUCGUACAAAGACGUUUGUAUAAUAUAACAAAGUGUUAAAAUAAAAAUAAUAACGACUGCAUCUUGAAGAUGCCUGUAUGUGAAGAAAAAGAAUAUAUCGCUCGUUGAAUCUACGCCUUGAUAAAAAAAUGUCCAUUAUGUUAUAAAUCAUUUUUAUGUCAAGGUCUUAGGAGGAUAUUCUUUUAUAUAAUUAUAUACAUAGAUACAUGCUUUCGUAUAGGUAGUAUGAAAUAAUAUUUGAACUGUUAUGGCGAGCCAGUUAGUUCUUUCAAUUAGAUAUUCGAGCGGUUGUUUUUCAUAUUAAUAAUAAUAAUUACAAUAUUCUCUACCAGUUAUUGAAAUAAUCGAUUAUACUCGUUUGUAUAAUACAACAGAUAAUAUAUUGGUUUUACUCGUACUCUUUAUUCGAACAUUUCACAGCGUAAGUUCGCAAUAAAAUAGCAGUAGAAGAAGCAUAACAGAAAAAACGAAAACAAAAAAAAAUCAGAUGCAAAUAUUCUAUAGUGAAAGGAUAUUUUCGUAUAUUUCAAGUGUACCUACGGAAUAUAAAUUAUUAUAAAAUAUGCAUCGUAACGAAUAUUAUAUUAUUAUUAUAAUUUAAUAAAUUCGUAGUUAAAUAUUAUAAUAAUAAUCUUAGGAGAAGGAAUAUACAGUAUGCACGUGUAAUUAAUAUUCGUAUUAUCGAAAAAAGAAAACGAUAGGGUUUUUUUUUUUUUUUACACAAUUAUUAUAAAAAUAACGUAUAGGUACUAAGUACAACACAUUAUAAUAUUAUGGUGUUCGUAUAUGUUAUCCAAUAUUAUGAUGUAUUUUUUUUUAAAUAUCAAUUAGACGAAUUCCGGUUAAUUUAAAACAAUGUACACAAAGUUAAUAGUUCUUGAUGAUGACGAUGUUAGUUUGCGAUGCGUCUGCCGUAUUCCUCCACGAUAACGAUCUUCUUAGUCGAAUUAACAUUUAGUGUAAACUUAAUUCAUUCUCUUAGUUUCUCUUUCUGAACCGUGUUUAUUUAAUUACUAGGUAACUACUAAGAUAGUUUCAUUUGUUAAUUGGGUGUUUUUUUUUUUUUUUUGGAUAUUAUGAUACCUAGUUAUUAUUAAUACACUUUUUACUAUGGGCAGUGAAAUCAGCGAAAAAUUUCACUUGGACUAAAAACAAAACGCCACUUCCGACGGCGAUGAUGAUAAUUUCGCGAAGAUUAUAUUUUUUUUCUCAUUGAAAACUGAAAUUUGUGUUUAUGUGGGUACUCUUCAACAAUAUGUGUAAUGUUUUCUUGUCGGAUUUCUGAAUUAAUUGAGAGAGAAAAAAAAGUGGAAACAAUAAUUAAUACGAAUAAACGGCGACGGUUAUUUUUUUUUUUUUUUUUUUUUUUUACCAGCGGUAAAUUGUUUUAAUACCUAGCAAAAUGAUUUUAAAAUGGAAAUUACGUAAUAAACAAUAAAAGAAAGCAAAUGAAAACAAUUAUUGUCGGCAUGGCAUAUACUCGUCAAAUCUUAGAUUUGUGUAUAUUCAAUUGAAAUUAAUACUAAAUAGAAAAGCGACGUAUUCAAUUAUCUGAUUUUAUUUGGAACGUAUUUUGACGAAUAUACAUUGAUAAUGGUAUUAGUUAUGGUGUGUUAUGUAGGUAUAUUAGGUCUAGACAUACCCGGAAAGCUAAUAAUUGAAGUAUGAAAAAGUAUGCGAUUUUUUUUACACCGUAUGGAUGUUAUAUUAUGCAGAAUCUAUUAAUAUUAUAUUUUGUUAUCGACAUUAUUAAAUUAAAAAAAAUAAAUUGCAUCACUUACUUUAUAUGUCGAAUGAGAGUGAUGCAAAGUAAAACAGUUAUUUGCAGUGAUUUAUAGGUUUUUUUGUUUCAAUCAAAAUAAUUAGAGUGUAAUGUUUAAAAAGUCUAUACAACGGCCGUUUGGUUUCAGAUCGGGUUGACAGAAUACAAAAUAAAUCGCAAAGCAAAAUAUAUGUUCUGUUAAAAUAUCAGACAUUUACCUGUAUUGGUAAGGAAACGGCGAAACUAUUAUAUUCAAUAUAUUUCAGUCGGUUAUUACAUAUUAAAUGCAAAUUCCGUAUAAUUCAUCGAUAGUUGCUGAAAUUCUCUCUUGGGCGAGUUCAAAGCCUCUGCAAACUGCAAAACUGCAGCGGCUGCGUUAUACAACAAUGGUCUCCAGACAUUUCCUUAUAAAGAACCUAGUAAUAUUAUUAUUAUCAUUUUUUUUUUUUUUUUUAAAACGUCUCAAUUCCGAUCAAGUCAACCGCAAUAAAAGAAAACAUGUCAACAAAUCAUUUUUUAGCAAAACGUUACAACAAAUGUAUCGUAAUUCAUUAUACAAAACGUUGUGGAUGGUUUUUUUAUUUGUAUUUUUUUUCAUUGUAUUUAUAUAGAACAAGUUCGUACGAGAAUUUGUUUUGCUCGUUAUAUAUGUAUUACUAUACAGGUAUAGGUACUAUAACGGUAUUAUUAUAAUGUUAUUUUGUCGUUGAAUAGGAUAACAUCAAUAAUAUUUUUAUGAUUACUCUUUGUUCGAUAAAUGUAAAAAAAAAAAAAUUCAAACGAUGCCUAAUUUUCAUGGUUAUUAUUAGUUUGUUACAACCUACACUACUAUUACUGCAUUUUAUUAAUUACCAAUACCUAUUCCAACGUAGUGUUUUAACACUCGAAAGUAGCGUUAUUUUAAAUGUUUGGUGUUAUUCAUAUGAAAUAAUAAUAAUAAUUUCGCGAAUCCCGAUUUUCGAUCGACAGUCGCUAGUCGGUAUAAUAAUAAUUAAACGCAUUCGCCCCGACAUUAAUAGUUUCAUAUAGAAACGCGUUAAAAAAAUUUUUUAUGAUUUUCGUAUUUAUAAAUAUUUGGCAUAUUGGACGUUGAAUAUUUAAAUGUAAACGUAUCGUGCUAAUCGUUUACAAUAAUAUUAUACACUUGGCGUUGCAUUGUUUUUUUAUUUACGGCUACGUGUGCUCUGUGAAAUUCGUAUUCGCCAAAGCCCCGACUACCAAUAUCUCAGAUGUUUACUUAAUUUCAAUUAGUGAUGUAAUAAUUAUUGUACACACGGAUUUGACCCCGAUUCGUUGAUAGAGUUACGUAAGUAAUAAUUUAUAUAUAUUAUUAUUAUUGUUAUUUUUUUUUUUUUAGGCCAAUAAAACCAUACCAGAAAAACUAUCCAACGGCAUUCAGGUCGGAAUCAAUUACAGGCUGUGCGCCGUGGAAAGAGUAUGUUGUCGAUUGAUGUACCUAUUUUUCGCCGGAAACAUUAUUUUUAUUGUUCGCUUGUGAUUGCUUUGUAGUUGGAAACGUACAAAAACGAACCGAUACAAUUGUUCAAAUUGCGACAACCCGGCGGUACCGGCUCCGAGUAUAACGGUCCGUGGUCCAGGGAUUCCGAUGAUUGGGACGACGUUCCGCACAAAGAAAAGGAACGUAUCAAUGCCAUCCAUUUGAUGGAAGGGGAAUUUUGGUACUAUUUCCGAAACCGCAACGCUCUUCAUAAUGGCAAAUAGUUAAUUCGUCGCUUUACGUUUUACAGGACGAAUUAUAACGAAUUCGUAAAAACAUUCACACACGUGGAAAUGGUACACUUGGACAGCGAUACCAGUCGAGAUGAACCGUCUUUGCACCAUAAGCGAACGUGGCAAAUGCGUCUUCAUCAGGGGACUUGGCAAAGGGGAGUGACAGCCGGAGGAUGUCGAAACAACCCAGGUGGUAACAAUAUAUUUUAUUUAUUUAUUUUGUCUAUAAUAUCUACUGUAAUCGUUGCGUAUUGUAAACUUAUCGGAGAUCUUUUAAAUUUAUACGGAAUUUUAAAUGUGAAUUUUCAGAAACUUUUCACAUAAAUCCUCAACUGCAUUUAAUUUUGAGCGAAAUGGAAGAAGUUGUUAUUUCAUUGAACCAGCAUAGCAUUAUGGAACCUAAAGUAAUAGGUUUCACGUCAUAUUCGUUACCAAAAGCGUGUAUGGAUUCGACGGGUAAAGAAUUUUUCAAAAAAAAUAAAUCGCUAGUUAACUCGCAGUACACCAACAGCAGACAAGUACGAUAUAUUAAUAAUAAAAACUUGAUUGUGUCCCAAAGUAUUAUAUUUAUUACGGAUUAAAUAUUAUUGAUUUUGUCUAGGUGAGUCAUAGGUGCUUUUUAGACCAGGGCGGAUAUUUGAUUAUACCUACCACUUUCGAACCAGGUCAAGAGUCGGGAUUCACAUUAAGAGUAUAUUCAAGUAAACCGUUGAAACUUAAGUAUGGCUUUAAAUGUACGAUAUUUUUGAAUGAGUUUCGUUAUUAAUAUAUGCAUUGGCUUUUUCAGGUUACUCGACACGGUUCCUUCGCUGUUGAAAUCAGCAAUAAUGAAAGUAGGUACCAAUACUGGUAUACUGUUUAAAAUGUACAAAGGAACUUGAACUAAUUAAUUAAUCAUAUUUUAAAUUUUUUUAGGCACCAGUGAAUUUAGAUGGUAAAACAUUUGUCCAAUACGAAUCAGUGUUUCUACAACUGGCUGACGAGCACAGGACAGUGAACGCAUUCGAACUCCAAGAACUCUUAGACGCUUGUCUGCCAAAUGGUAAAUUAACGUACCUUUGAUUGCCUAUUUACCUAUUUACCUAUUGCUUGUGGAUAAUUAACAUAAUACCUAUGUUAUAAAUUACAGAUUACAUAAAAAGCUGUGCUAGCAUGGAAGUUUGCCGACAAGUAGUUAUAACCUUAGACGUGAGUUUUCAGUUUGCAUUUAUUAUUAUUUGAUGCAAUAAUUCAUUAUGUUUGUUUUUCAUUAACUUACAUCAUGUUUAAAUUAAAAAUUAAUGCCACGUGUGUUGCCAUCGAAAUUAAAAUAUUUCUUUUAGAAAUUAUGAAAUUGUAAAAAAUAAUGAAAAAAGAAUUAGAGCAUGUACUUAUGUUAUAGCAGAGGAUUAAUAACUAGACAAUGACUAGUUAGUGAACUGGUGUAUAUUAUUUUUAAUAUUAAAACUUAUACAUUUUUUUCUAUAAUUCCUAUUUUUACCGAAUAUUUACAUAAAUUUUAAAUCAUAAUUCCAUUAAUUAAUUUACGAUUGGAGAUAUUUUUAAACUCUAAAGAGUGAGGAUUUUAUUGAAAUUACAAUAACGUUUAUUUGUUUUUUUUUUCUGUGAAAAACAUUUCUACCAGAAAAAAUUUUACUUCGAUUUUCAAAUAUAGCACUUUUUCUGAAAGUAAUCUGACUGGAACGGUACUUUAAAGAGUCAAUUUUUUCAUUAUUUCUGGAGUUUUCAUAAUAAAUGUGAAAAACCGGAGAAAAUCGUAGGAAAAACGGGAAAAUGUACGGAAUGCAUUAUUUUAAAAUCUCAAAUGUUACGACUUUACAAAUUAUGUAUAACCGUACUCCACUCAGAAUUGUUUUUCGUUAGCAAUGAUUAAUCAUUGCGUACAGAUUUACAUUAAAUUUUCCCUCUGCCUUUCUAAAUUCUCAUCUACAACAAUGGCUCAUCCAUCGUGCGAAUCAUUUUUAUAUUUGAAUAGUUGUCAAUAUUCCAACGCUCGAUAUUUAAAAACAAAAUGGCUAAUAGUUAAGUUAAACAACAUUUGAAUAUGACGAGAGAUCAUCAUAACCUAACCUUACGAUAAAGAAUAUUUGAAUUACCUACAUUUUGAAAAGAAUAAUGAGAGAUUUUUUGAAUUUUGAUUAAAUCAAUUUGAUUUUUUUUUUUACAGGGCACAGGUGGCGGUCGUCUUAAAUUCAAUGAUUUUAAGGACUUAAUGUGCAGUCUAAAAUAUUGGCAGACGGUGUUCAAGAAUCAUUCGAAAGACAAGACUGGCAUUCUGAAAGCCGAACGACUAAAGGACGCACUACUCGAGGUCGGUUUCCAAGUCAAUACCGAAGUACUGUCCAUCCUCAUAUUGAGGUACAUGCGAAAGGAUGGCACCUUGAGGUUUGGCGAUUUCGUAUCAGCAAUAUUGCAUCUAAGCAUCGCGUUCAACUUGUUCGAGUCCAAGGAUCCGCUUCUUAACGGAAACAUUAAACUGAACCUUGCCGAAUGGCUCAAGUCCGCGUUCGUUUGCUGAUCGCGAUUGGCCUCCUUUGCUCAAUUUGGUUAUGCUAUUUUUAAACGGACGUUUAAAUAUUGUGAUUAUUGUAGUAUCACCAAGUAUGCGUGUGUGUAUCUUCCUCGACUGUAAACUUAUAUUUUAUUUUGUUAUACAUACUAUAUUAUUCGAUAUACGUUUGAUUUUUUUUACUCACUAUGACAAUAAUAAUAUUAAAACGGAAAAUGCCGGUAAUAAUGAUCGUUAAUUGCUUUGCCAGUACCGUUUCGACGUAAUAUUAUUAUGUUGCGGGUCAGCCGUAGAUGAUAAAACCUCGAAUGGGAAUGUCAAAUUAUCAGUGUACAACGCUGUAGCGCUCGUAAUAUGCAUAUGCGUAUUAUGGCAGGCACCUGUUGUAUGCGUUAUGUUACAUUUUAUGAUCUCACUUGGACGGUGCUGAUGUCCUCACGAGUGAACAAGUUCAGGACCGCGAAAAUACAGUGGCCUCAGUUGACGUUCCAUCCGGGUCUUUAUUAUCUAUGCAGUCUGUACAAGUAACGUCGUGUUGUUUAAACACACCGUCGCUAUAAUGUUAUGCAUAGUUUUAUUGAUACUCUAUCAAUUUAUAUACAAAUAUAUAUUAUAUUAUAUUAUAUACAGAAUGGCCCACGAAAAUAUACCCAUCGUAAUACCUCAUGGGUGAUAAUAAAGAUCGUCAAAUUCCGUUUUGUUCAUGUCACUCGCGGGGAUACACGAAUAUUACACUACAAAUAUUUAUAGUUACCUGAAUAAAAUUGUUACGUUCUGGCGAAAACCUUAAAAAAAAAAAUAAUACUUUUCAUUAUAUUAUUUUUGAAAAAUUUGACAAUUGCCGUUUUGUGGAGUUUAUGUUCUUCGGCGAAAUGUUGACCUAUAAACUAUUUA